AUGUCGAGUAUGCAGGUGAGUUCUAACGAUAGCAAGGAAUACACGGUAUUUCCAUCCGCGGAUUCCAUAAGAAAAAGCGGCUUCUUGGACGGUGAUGUUGGUGGAGACGACGUAGGUGUUAUGAUGCUUAGCGAGAAAGCUUCCAGAACCUAUGCAAUGAGGUGUACGCCUGUGAACACGGACGAAUUUGACUCUUUCAUCGAGGACAGCAUGAAUCACUUAGACCAUAUAAACGCAAGCAGAGGUGAAUUAAGAACCAAAAUGUUUGGAAGUACCAUUUUAAGCAACUCUGGGCGGAGAUCUUGGGAGGACGCAGUAGUGGAUUGCAGAAUAGAGCUAUUUGAUCAGCCAUCAGGGAACCAUGCUGGCAAACCUACAGACAACCUUUACGGCAAUAGUGAGGAAAAAUCGUUUCAUCACGCUUUAACGAGGCAAGACAUACUUUAUGAUACGGCGUUAGAUGACGACGACCUAAUUUAUCUACCGUCUUCAAAUGGAUUACAUAGCUCCUAUUUAUCAUCACAUCCAGAAGACGGUGAUAUAGACAAUACCAUUAGUCCAACUCGUUGUUUUUCGCGCCUUCCGAAACGGGCCAGAAUACAACCGAAUACUCACCAAAGGGCAACCGAAUACUGGAGGUCACAACCGGUAAGUCCACUUACGGACAAGGCAAUUGCUUCGGUAUUUGCUAAAUCGUCCCAUGUGGAAACUGGCGACCGUGGUUUCGACAACUAUUAUGCAUAUUUUCAUGAUGAGGAUUUCAGUAAAUUUACAAAGGAACCCAACAUGAUCACCAUUCUUCCCCGUGGUGAUUGGACGCCCAGGGAUAUAAAAAUGUGUGGGCCUUUCAAGGCAUGUAGAGGUGAAGCUUCAAAGAUAUCAAAAUCUGGUGGGCCGAUUUACGGAGACGGUUUGAAUCACGAGCCCGACAAAUCAUUGGAUUCCGCAGUCUCACCGCUAGAAGGCUUAUUUAUGGUUACAGCGGAUAUAGACUCGGAUGAAGAUGUUGAGAGUUACGAACACCUAUAUAAAGCUGAAUUGGAUUUACUGGUGGAACGCGGGGAGCAAGUAGACUUGCAAGAGAUGGACGAAUGGCAUUAUCAGGCGGGUCUCACAGCCCCUCAAGUAAAAAACCACCAAAUGGCAUUUCGCCGUCUUCUCAGGCUGCAUUGUAACUACUUCGGAAAACGGGUUUACCCUUACAGAGGGGAACUUGACAGCCUUGCUUCCAAAUCUCUUCACGUUUUGGAUCCUGAUACCAAUACGUUUGAGGUCAGUCCAGCUAUGACAAGGCCGGAGAAGCUUGAUUUACGAAAAGUCAAGAAGCGUCCGUUCAUGGAUCGGGAAUCCGCGAUAGACACCCCUACCAAUGAUGCCACGCCAGGUACAUCCGGGACCACAACCAUACCAUUGUCUACGUAUCGCUUAUUCGACUACGAAACAGAACCUAGGUUCAUUAGAAAUCCAACUUUGAAGGUUGGCGCAUCAAAUGUGAGACAUUUAUACGAUGAGGAGACGUCGCAUAGUUUUAUAAAGUCGCCAUCAUUUGGACUGAGACACGCGAUAUCAGAUUUCCAAACCGUUACUGCAACAUGUGAGAAAGAUUUCCAGGUUCCUCUAACACUAAAGCAACUAUUUCCCACCAAGGAUAAAUACAUUAACUCCGACGUGACGUUGAUGAACCAACGCAACUUUAUUCUGAAAGUUCUGCUUCGGUUCCCUUACUUGGACUUGAAGCAGUUGGGAUUGACCAGUUUCUAA